AUGUCACAGCAACCAGUCCGCAUCAUCGGAGCGGGAAUCGGAGGAUUGACCCUCGGCCGCUGCCUCCUCAAGUACGGGAUUCCAGCUGUGAUCUAUGACAGAUUGCCUUCAGCUGCUCUUCACAAUUACGGCGUCACGCUUCAUGCUUCGUCUUAUAUACCUCUCGUGGAUAUCCUAGGCCUGGACGAGUUUACCUUCAGACGUCGCCUAGCCGUGGAUGGAUCGCUAGGCGGAAGCGGCAACAUUAAUCCAAAGUCUCUUAUUUAUCCCGGAAAAGUGAGCUCGACAUCAUUUCGUGCUCAUCGCGGCAAGCUCGAGGCAUUGCUUCGCGAAGGGCUUGACGUCCAAUGGGGGCACUCUCUAGAAGAGGUGAAAGACACGCCUUCAGGGAUGAUCCUUUGCCUGCAAAACGGCCACAAGGUAGAGAGCGCAUGCAUUAUUGGAGCUGAUGGACCGCACUCCAACACUCGAAAGUCCCUCUCCCCUGAUACGCCAUCCCAUGUCCUCCCCUAUGUUGCCUUCAACGGCAAGCGACAGGUGGAGCGUGUUCUCUUCGACAGGGUUUACACCCCAGCAUUUCAAGGAACAAGCAUCAUAGAGAGGAAACAUGGAGACGUGGUUCUAAAUAUAGCCAUUAAUGGAGAGCAGGGAGAUGCCGUGAGCAUGAACUGGAUCUUCUCGCGUCCAGCAAGAGGAUCCAACGAUACACUUUACAAGCCCAAUCGACCAGUAUCGGGAGCGACGGAUAUCCCAGAAGAGUUUUUCAAGGAGAUAGCUACUCUCCAUGGACUAAGCCAGCCAUUCAGAGAGAUCUUUGAUGCGGAGAAAAUGAGGACGGAUCGGGUUUUGCAUUGGCUUAUGCGUACGGUGCUGGUCAAGCGUCGAGAGCUCCGUGCACUUGCGGACAGGGGCGUCUUCUUCAUGGGCGAUUCCGUCCACGCAGAGCCGAUUCUGGGGGGGCAAGGUGCAAACAGUGCUAUUAUAGACGGCAUCGAGCUUGCAAAAUGCAUCUCGGCAUGCGGCUCGGGCGGCAUUGCAUCUUGGUACGAAUCUCGAUAUCCAGCGUGGGAGAAUGGUAGUAGCGAAAGUGAAGAGGCGAUUGCCAUGAUGCAUGGUGUAUGA